AUGUCUCUUGCCACACGGUCACGAUGGGCCCUCGUGGCCUCCCUCCUUGCUGUCGCCACGGCCGCCGUCGCCACGGCUACCGCUGAUGCCGACAGCCCCAUCGAUCUGCAGCAGCACUACGGCCCGUUUGGUGGCAAUGGUCCGUUUGGUAGCAAUGGCCCGUUUGGCGGCAACGGCAAUGGCAACGGCAACGGCAACGCAAACGGCAACGGGUUCCCGGGCCUCUUUGGUAUCAAUCUCCGCGAGGCCAUCCACUACCGCACCAUCCACGGCAUCCUGGCGUCACUCUCCAUCGUCGUCCUCUUCCCCGUGGGCUCCAUCCUCAUGCGUGUCGUCCCCGGCCGCUUCGCCAUCUGGGCCCACGGCGUCUUCCAGAUGCUGGCGUUCCUGCUGUUUGUCGCCGCCGCCGCCCUCGGCAUCUACCUCGUCAAGACGGUCACCAUUCCCUUUACGGGCGCGUCCCUUCUCGCCAACCCCAGCACAAACAUCCACCCCAUCAUGGGCAUCGUCACCCUCGCCACCCUCUUUUUCCAGCCCAUCCUCGGCUUCGUCCACCACGCCAAGUUCAAGCAGCUCGGCCGCCGCACCUUCUGGUCCUACAUGCACCUCUGGAACGGCCGCAUCGGCAUCACCGUCGGCAUCGUCAACGGCGGCCUGGGCCUGCGGCUGGCCAACGCGCGCCGCACCUUGGUCGUCGCCUACAUUGUCGUCGCCGUCAUCGUCUGGUUCUUCUGGUUCGUCGUGGCCGUCAUCAGCGAGAUCCGCCGCGCACGGCAGUCCAAGAGGGCCGGGGCCGCUGUUGGCCCCGCCGCCGGUGCGUCACGAGGCGGCACGCCGUACCGCGGCGACGGCCCUGGCUACUACGCGGCACGGGCGCCGGGCCACGGCAGCCGCAUGGGCCGCAGCCGCAGCCCCGGCCUCAGCCUCGGCCCGGAGAUGACGGCGCACCGCAACAUCAGCACCGCGGGCACGGGCGCAGCGCCGGGCAGCCGUCAUCCGUCGCACGCGUCGCACAGCGGCCAGCAUUCGCCCAAAGUGCGGUCGUCGCACAGCAGCAGCGGUGGCAGCGUGAGUCCGCUACGACGUUGA